UCCAGUCUCGCAGUCACUUCGAGUUACUUGCAUGCGAGGCUCGGAGCGUUUUCCUGUAGUCUCCCUUCGGCCAGCAGGUCCACGGAACCCGCACAACUCCACAGCGGUCUUUUCCAACUGAAAAAAGAGAGACGUACCCAUGAGAACUAAUAUUUGAAUUUAGUUAAUUUAUUUUCGUUCAUUUCUCAUUCAUCAUCAUUAUUGCAUUUCUCCAUUUUAGAAUUAUUUUAAUGAUUUUUGUAGCUAGCCAAAGGAAUUAAAAGCAUCGGUCUUCUAUCUGCUGCUAUUCUCGGAGAAACCAUGCCUUUGGAUUGAUACCUCCUUUUUUGCAAUUGCUGGACAAACGGGGGAUUAUUUUGUAUCACGCAUCGAUGUACGAGGGAGAAUGCAUCGAUGAGAGUCGCUCUGAACCGAGGAAUGUGUUUCCUUCAUGUUGGAGCAGUGAGGAGAGGCAGCGCGGCUUCGUCUGAAUGAAAAGACUCCCGUUUCCCUUUCUCCUUGUGCAUUCAGGACGGGAUUUGGAUCUUUCGCCGUGCGUGGGAUAAUUCUGCGCUCGGCAAACGCGAUCUCUUUUCAGCCGCGGCGGGACUAACUCCAAAAAAGUCGCUUCGCGUGGAUCAUUUGCAUUUGAUUUAUCAAAUCUUCUGGCCCCGAUCAGGAUUACAGAUUUGAGUUUUGUUACCGAUUACCCCAGACGCUCGAUUAGACGAGACACAGUUGCUUUAUUAUUAUAAUAAUAAUUAUAAUUAUUCUCCUUUCGCUUUGAUGAAAGCAAUAAUGGGGGACGCGAUGUGGAGAUACUAUUUUGGAGUUAUGGUUUUUGUUUGCAAGGUGAACCUGCCCAGUGCGGCUAUUUUAGAGUCUAUCUACUGGAACACAACGAACACGAAGUUCGUACCGGGACAGGGGCUGGUGCUGUACCCCCAGAUCGGGGACAAGAUGGACAUCGUGUGCCCCCGGGGGGAGGGCGGGCAAACAGACGGGGUGGAGCUUUACAAACUCUACAUGGUGGAACGGAAGCAGCUGGAAGCCUGUGCGGUCACGGAGGCGGACACACCUCUGCUGAACUGCGACAAGCCUGACCAGGACGUUAAGUUCACGCUCAAGUUUCAGGAGUUCAGUCCCAACCUGUGGGGCCUGGAGUUCUUCCGGGGGAAGGACUACCACAUCAUCUCCACGUCCAACGGCACCCUGGAGGGCCUGAACAACCAGAAGGGGGGAGUCUGCAAGACCAAGUUCAUGAAGAUCACCAUGAAAGUUGGCCAGAGUCCUUCAGACAAGACGGCAAGCAAAGACAACCCCACCAGAUACCCUCCGGACAGUGAGGAGGGCAACGGCAAGGACCACAGAAACUCAGUCAACACAGACGGCAGCCACGGCACCCCAGUGGAGGACGAGAACAACUCGGAUGGCAAAUCUUCGAGCGUCAUCGGUUCGGAGGUGGCCCUCUUUGCCGGCAUCAUCUCGGGCAGCGUCAUCUUCGUCGCUGUCAUCGUCAUGUUGGUCCUGCUGCUGCUGAAAUACCGGCGGAGACACCGGAAGCACUCCCCGCAGCACGCGGCCGCGCUCUCGCUUAGCACGUUGGCCUCACCGAAACGCGGUGGCGGCGGUGGCAACAACAAUGGCUCGGAGCCUAGCGACAUCAUCAUCCCGCUCAGGACUGCUGACAGCGUUUUCUGCCCGCACUACGAGAAGGUCAGCGGGGAUUAUGGACACCCUGUCUAUAUAGUGCAGGAGAUGCCGCCUCAGAGCCCGGCUAACAUCUAUUACAAGGUCUGAAGUCCACCAGAGACACCUGCGGGUGGCCCAUGUCCUUGUGUGUUUUCUUAGUAUUAUUAUUAUGGUUAUUAAUACGAUAUAAAUGAUCACGAUUCCGGAAGAACUCCUAGUUCGCUGCUCAGUGGGUCAGGGCUCCCCCUGCUGGCCCCGUGUUUUGUGCACUAAGACUGAUGUCGCGGAAUUGCCCGGCGGAGCGGCUCG